CUUACCUCAUAAUGCCGUGUGAUAAAACCCAGAAAAAUCCAACUUUUCUUCUUCACUGUGAAGACCAACAACAGCAGCAAAAAAGAAGAAGAGAAUAAUUCUUCUCCGGUCCUUACAAUGGGUACCCAAGUCUCCAAACAGAUGCAGCGUAGAAAAGCGAUCUCUGUGGAGAAGAAGACUCUUACGGAUCUUCAUGGCAAGUCGGGAGACGAAUUUCCUGGAUCUGACUACCGUUCUCCUGAUCGGAAGAAUUGGAUGUCAGGUCUCGAUCCACAGAAAAUUCACAUUAACCAAAUCGUUUGGCCAGGUACUCAUGAUUCGGCGACCAACAAAAUUGGAGUCCGGUUCAUCUCCCGCCCAUUUGCUCAAUGCCAGUCUUUGUCAAUCUACCGGCAGCUUAUAAGAGGUGCCCGGGUCCUCGACAUCCGAGUUCAAGAGAACCGCCGGGUCUGCCAUGGGAUCCUCAUGACUUACUCCAUUGAUGUUGUCAUCAAUGACAUUAAGAAGUUUCUAGCCGAGACCCAGUCGGAGAUCAUAAUUCUAGAGAUACGAACUGAGUUUGGACACCAAGACCCACCUGACUUUGACAAGUACUUGGAGGAACAACUAGGUGAGUUCUUAAUCCACCAGGAUGACCAUGUGUUUGGGAAGACGAUUGCCGAGUUGCUGCCAAAGCGAGUUAUAUGUGUGUGGAAGCCAAGGAAGACACCUCCACCCAAGGCGGGCGGUCCACUGUGGAGUGCCGGAUAUUUGAAGGACAAUUGGAUCGAUACAGACUUGCCGUCGACCAAGUUCGAGAGCAACCUAAAGCAUUUGAGCGAGCAGGCACCCGUGUCAAAUAGGAAAUUCUUUUACAGGGUGGAGAACACAGUGACACCACAGGCCGAUAACCCUGUCUUGUGUGUAAAGCCAGUGACUGGGAGGAUCCACGUAUAUGCGAGGCUUUUCAUUGCACAGUGCAUCUCUCGGGGUUGUGCGGAUCGGUUACAGAUAUUCUCCACUGAUUUCAUCGAUGAGGAUUUCGUCGAUGCAUGUGUGGGCUACACACAUGCUAGAAUAGAAGGAAAGGCCUGAAAGUUAGAGCAUUAAUUCUUGGGGCGUCAAUCGAGGUGCUAUCUGAUCUUGAAUGUUCUUGUUCCUUUUCUACCGGUAAUUAUUGUUUCCAGGCUCCAGUCGUGAUUUAAAUUUAUUCAUUGCUAAGAAAGAAUUCAGCUAUUUGAUUGUGCAUAGAAGAUCUUUGUUGAUGAUGUUACUGUAUGUGUAUGCACGCGAGUGGUGUAAAGGCAGAAGGAUGUGUGUUAAAUUUGGUUCCUUUUUUGUAUGAAUAAAUCGUAUCAUGUCAGUAAUGCUACCCAUUUUUUCUUCUC